AUGGCCCCGCUAACAGUUCAAGCCAAGAGCUCAGGAAUCAAAAUAAUCGUCAACCCUGGCCGAAAAUACUGGGAGCAAAUGGAGCGCUGGGUCAGUUUUUCUCAAAGACUACCCAUCCCCGUAUCGACCAACUUUCAAAGCUUCUUACUGUAGCCUCUUAUUACAGUACUCCGAAACUGAACGAUGGAACAUGCGACCGGACGAAAUAAGCGUCUGGGCCUCAACCUACGAAAAGUAUUGGAUGUUCGCUGGAGUCGACCAAGGUACCGUAUACCUUGAUUUCCUAUUUUGGCCUGAUAGCUGAUAAAAGUACUGAUAAGAGAGCGUCUGCUUGUCACGUUUUUAUUGAUCUUUGGUUUGAGAAAAGCCAAAACCUUCUUCUUUACCGACUUUUCUACAAUAACAAAAACUCUUCUUCUUUUGGCUUAUCCUACAGUAACCCUAGAAAGGUAUCAGUACUACCUCCACAGUAACCACAACUCUUCUUCUUUUGGCUUAUCCUACAGUAACCCUAGAAAGGUAUCAGAACUACCUCCACAGUAACCACAACUCUUCUUCUUUUGGCUUAUCCUACAGUAACCCUAGAAAGGUAUCAGAACUACCUCCACAGUAACCACAACUCUUCUUAUUUUGGCUUAUCCUACAGUAACCCUAGAAAGGUAUCAGAACUACCUCCACAGUAACCACAACUCUUCUUCUUUUGGCUUAUCCUACAGUAACCCUAGAAUAGUAUCACUACUCUUUCCACAGUUAUCCCUAUGAAAGAAAACUAUAAAGACGAUAUAACUAUAUCUACAGUAACCCAAAAAAACACCACUACUUUGACCUCAGUGUCCGGGCUGAGCCUGAAAAUACUAUGAAAAACUCUAGUGGCCACUUAAGAGGUUAUUUAAGGACUACUUGGAGUGGCCACUAAAACCACCUCUAUAGAGGUCACUACAGCAGUUUUUAGUGGUCCAGUAGUACCGCUGAAACUUCUAGAGGCCACAGAAAUUUAGCCUCUUAAGUGGCUACUAAUUUGAACACUAUAGUGGCCACCAAAACGCCAAAGCCCUAGAGUGGUCUCUCAGAUAUAGAAACAAUUAUUCCCAACUGAAUCCACCCUACAGUACCCCGACAAAAGCUGUAUUCCACCUUCCAGAAAGCAAAAAAUACCGUAACUUCAACUUCAACCUACAGUAUCCCUUCCAGAAACCAACGAGUUUGUCUGCUCGCUAUCCCUGGGCAUGCAGACGACGUCCGACGGCGAGCCGCUCUACAGUAUCGGCCUAUUCUACUGUGUUCCCCAGAAACGAGGCCUCGGGUACGGUAAACCGCUUUUUGACGCCGCCAUGGCACACAUCGGACAGUCUAAUGCGACCCUUUAUUCAGGUUUUUCCAGCUGAUCGGAAAGUUAAGAAUAGUUGAGAAAUGAUUGAAUUUUCAGCCAAAGAGAUGUCGGCGUGGUACGCUUCCAAGCAUGGCUUCAAUAAGUUAUUAUCGUUUUGGACGUGUUGGGCCGAGGUUCAACCUUUGAAUUUAGUUCUACCCGAGGUGUCCAAGCAGUACGACAUCAAGGUAGGUCAAAGAACUUGUAGAAGGAGGGGUCUAUUCCGACUUUUCUAGAUGCUUCUGGUAGAAGUUGCGGUCCAGAUUAGGUUCAGUAAGGAAAAAUAAGUUCGGUAGCCGAGGAGGUACUGUAGUUCGGUAGCCGAGGAGGUACUGUAGAUCGCUAUAAAACUCUUUAGUCUCUUCUUAAGCUCAGAAAACCUCGAGAAAAAGCUUCAAAAACACUGUUGAUGGUUGAACACUCUUUGAUAUUCAAACCCCCCUCAAAAAAAAACCCGAUUCUAGACAACCGAAGAAGUUGACUGGGACGAGAUCCACGACUACGACUCCACAAUUUGCUGUGUCGAGAGGGAAGACUACCUGGAAGAGUCCCUGACCUGGGAAGCCACGGUUUCAAGGGUAAGCGGCUAUUUCUUCUCAACAAGUUCGCUGUAUGGCUAAGUUCCCAGGUUGCCGUCGAUUCUAAUGGCGAUGUUGUUGGGUUCGGUUCACUACGAUUCGUUUCGCAGAAUGAAAUUUACGCGUGUCCCCUUUACGCAGAUAACUCGGUUAGACUUACAAGUUGAAAAAUCGAACUGAAAAAAAAAUUUCAGACAAUCGCCCGAGAUUUAUUAAUAUCCAUGCUAUCGACAGUGACUGAUUUGAGUUCCUACUCGGCGUUCAGCUUAUUAUUUCCAGAACAUAACAAAUCUGUUUUAUCGUGAGUUCUUAUUCUUAUAAUGACCGCAUUUGGAAUGGCUCUAACUAUAACCGUAACGCUUCAUGUCAUUCCAAAUGCGGCCAUAGUCCGUCCGCCGCGACUUGACGUUUUUCGAGUGUCUGCGUCUCUCUGUUCCCUCAGGUCACAGAAACGCGAGAAUAGCGCGUCAGAUGAGGAGGGCGCAGAGAAGUCCCGCCUUUUCAAGUCGCGUAAGACGGACUAUAUAACGUUUAAAGUUCCAAGAUGGGAGUACAUGGUCGCAUACGGAAUGGCUAAAAGGCAAAGUGAUCGCUUAAAGAUGCGCCCGACCAAAAACGACUUGCGUUUGAAGCCAUUCCAGCUGCGAUCACAAAGUUUAAAAUCCAGAAAAUCCAUGACUGUUUUCAGAAUAAUCUCCGAACUAUCCAAAGGCCGGUACAAACACUAUCCAAUCUACCGGAAUCAAUAUCUCAAAAAAGUCCUGCCAGUCCCCUGGGACAAAGUCUACGCCAAUGAUGACGUCAAUCAUAGCAUCGUGUAA